CUCUAUCUCUCGUAGUUCGUGACUUCCAGUGUCGGAGCGCCGUCGUGGAGAGUAUCAGGCUGUUUACCCAGCUCCCGCUUUAGUUAUGGCGGCGCCGCUAGCCCACUUCGAUGAGGACUGGCAGGACUUUAACGAAUUCAAGCCGUCCUCGGAGUCGGCCGAGCAGCUGGACCAGCUCAACUCUAACGUGGGCGACCCGUCGUCGGGCCUAGACGACUUCACGGACCUGGACAACAGUUUCUCGGGGGAGAUCUGCAGCUUCAAGUCGAUGGAGGAUCUCGUCCACGACUUCGACGAGAAGCUGACAGUUUGUUUCCGAAAUUACAACACAACGACGGAAAACAUCGCCCCCAUUAAACCUAUCACGGAGGACAACUUCUUGAAAGACGACGAAGUGUGGAACACUCUGACAGAUAACUAUGGCAACGUGAUGCCUGUGAACUGGAAGACAUCGCACACUCGCUCCUUACACCUGCCUGUCCUCAACCUAACGGAACAAGAGUUGGAUAACCAGUCUCUGGAUUUGUCGGAUGACGAGGAGCUGAGGGAGCAGAUGGAUAUGCACUCAAUAAUCGUGUCCUGCAUCAACGACGAGCCGCUCUUCACAGCUGAACAGGUGAUAGAGGAGAUUGAAGAGAUGAUGCAGGAGUCUCCAGACCCAGAGGAUGAUGAGAGUCCCACCCAGUCCGACUUGUCCAUGCUCUCCCAGGACCUCCACGCCCUGAAGCGCUCCGCCUCCAACACCAGCUGCGCCGACCGGCUGCGUCAGCUGUCUGUGUCUGAAUUGACCGAGACUCUGGAGGAGGUGGAAACAACCAUUCGCCGCUUCAGUGAAGAGCUGAUCCAGGCUCUGGCCCUGCGGGAUGAACUGGACUAUGAAAAGGAGGUGAAGAACAGCUUCAUCUCGCUGAUCAUCGACGUGCAGAACAGACAGAAGGAGCACCGCGAGCUGCUGCGCAAGAGGAAGAAAAUCAGGAGUAUGACGACGACCAUGACCAACGGCCAGAGGACAACCAGCACACACAUACCAGGCACUCUCCUCACUUUGGAGGGACUGUCCAAUGUCAUUCAAAAUGGCCUCCGUCAAACUUUUGGCAACACAGGAGGGGACAAACAGUACCUGACCACAGUAAUCCCUUAUGAGAAGAAAGCAGGCUCGCCAUCAGUAGAAGAUCUUCAGAUUCUCACAAAGAUCCUCCAUGCCAUGAGGGACGACAGUGAGAAGGUACCUGCCCUGCUCACAGACUACAUUCUCAAAGCUCUGGUAUGAGAGCGGUGGAAACUGAGUUCUGUGUCCCACGUAAAUCCAACGGUGUCGCCUCGCGAUUCCUGGACCUUCCACUGGACCAUCAGAGGAAGGUUCUGGUAACCUGGAAGAAUUCAGAUCAUGGAUCUAAAUCCAACCCUUUCUCCAAACUUUUUCACAACAUAUACUUUCUUUUCACUUCUUCAACUGUUGUUCCGAAGAUUUUUAACUCUUAGAUACAGCUCCUUGGUCUGUAUAGUCAUUUUUAAUUUGUAAUAUUUAAACUUUUUAUUGCCUGAUGAUUUUCCACCCUUUGCAUGAUGACUUAUCUACAGAUGCCAGUAAUCAGUAUUAAUCUCAACACCUCACUUCCUGAUAUCCUAGUGGCUUGUGAACAGGUCAAGGAAGUAUAUCAGUUUGUUUUUUUUGUUUUUUUUAAUUAUCUGGUAUCAACUGUCGUUGUGUGUUUUUUCUUCCUCUUCAGUUUAAGAACAAACCCUUUCAUUUAAAAACUAUCUUAAAUUGUAGCUCCACCCGUCGUCUCUGCAUGUUAGUUUUAACUUUACGCUCUAUAUUAGCAGUUUGUGGAAUGUUAGAAUGAAAAAAUAUUUUGGAUAUGAUUAAGUGAUUUUGCACAGUUUUUGGGAAUGUCUUGGAAAAAGGGGAAUUGACUUAAGUAAAUAGCUAGAUGAACAAACAUGUAAAGCAUAUUUUUGGAUAAGGACUCUUUUUUGAAUGAGAUUAGGGACUUGCCAGUUUCCACUUGUAGUAAGUGCUGUCCAUUGACCUCUGAGCCCUCAGGUAGUGACCCCAGCCCCAACAACUGUAUCACUUCCCUCAUAAUCGCUGCAGAUUCCUCACAAUUAUGUCGUUGCAUUAGUAUUGUAGUUAUGUCAGAUUAGAAAAUGGUGUUGUUUUAAACUUUGUGAGUUGUGGGUGUCAUUUUUCUGCAGUAGGACUUUCGUCUGUCAGUGAUCUGGUCACGUCGUAACUUAAGUGUAGUUCUACCUGCAUUACAUUAUUGUUAGAUGAAGCGUAGAAACUUAGGAUGCAGAAAACGUGUCCCGCGUGACAUUGUUGCUGUCGUGCGUAUCCUGCGCCUUCUCUUCACCCCGAUUGUGAACCUUUUUAAACCGCUUUAAACCAGAUCCAGAAACCACACUCAUCAGCAACUCACAUGGAGAUCACCAGCUACUACAGAUGAAUCACAUUAGUCUCUAGUUCAGCUCUCAGGUACAAUCAUUUUGUGUUUGAGGUUUAACAUCUUGUUUUGAAAAGGUACUGACACGCAAUGAGCUUCCUGUGUUUCUGACAACAGCUAGACUUCAAGUUACUGCAUUUUUUUUUUUUAAUAUCUUUGUCACACUCUGAAUACCUGGGCGAGGUGAUUGUGGUAGCCUCCUGACUAAAUCAGGGUAGCAUUACAGAUGUUGAUCAUACAUUAUUUUGCAGGAGGUUGUAAAAUCCCUCGACGUUUGGCGUGGGUGUAGCAGUAGAGUGGCGAUGACUUGAACGCAGGUAUAAGAGGAAGUAAAAGGGGGUGUGAUUGAGAUGAGGGAUGUUGGGCGAGGAUUGCACAAAGGGUUGCUUAAAUGUGAGGGCUCCAUUUAUGGUUUCAUAAACGCUGAGAGAAUCUCACUUUUUAAUUAUUUAUAUGUACUGUUAUGCCAGCUUUUGAAAACAUUGACAUUCACAGCCUAGCAUGCGCUGCAUUCACUUUACCACUGCAGACACCAUUUUAUUGUUUUGUACGUUUGUUUGGUUGUUUACAGAUAUCGUCAUGUCACACUGAAAUCUCAAUUAGGUGUGGCAAUGAAAUAUCAAAAAACCUUCAAACUCGUUAAAUAUGAACAGAAUUAAAGAGAACAAACACAGAAGCUCAGGCCUUUUUAAGAAAACGACCCUGAGCUCAUCUUAAUCUGUAAAUCAAACGCUUCAGUUCAAAUCAUUUUUGACACAGACUGUGUGAAUUGUUUUAUAAUGACGUGGCAGUCGGCAUGGAGGUCAGUGAAGGAUCUCGUCCCAGACCGGAACCCCUCAUCUGGUCUCUUAGACAUAUCAGUGUAACUACAGCUUAGAGAUUUAUAUUUAUAUAUAAGUACAACAGAGCAAGCAAUAGAUAAGGAGGCUGCCUUUGUAAAUGCCUGAAAACCUUUUGUUUUUGUACUUAAAACUAGUUACUUUUUGUGUUUAAUGCAGUAUAAUUCCCCAGGAUGGGGUUUUAUGUUUACUGUCACACGUGGUACUGCAGUUCAUUAAUUUAUUAUGUAACGUUCAUUCAUUUUAUUUUUUUUUAACCAUGUUAAUGACUGUAAUGGUACAAGUGUUUGUGCCCACAUUGCAUUUGUGAUUCAUUUCAAAUAAAUUAAUAUGUGAAGAUUUUAA